CUCUUUCGUUAUCUUGCUUCACGUAUCAGGAGUGAAAGCGUCUAGAGAGAUGAAGGCUACUAUUAGGGGAAGAUACGGUACCGAAAAAAGCAUUUCCUCUGCAACUCUCGCCAUUAACGCUGGCGAUGUUAACCUCCGUGCUUCCAUGACCGACGCCACGGUCGUCAAUGGUCCUAGCUUAAAUGGUCUCGCUCUUUCUCUUGAAAAGCCCGGCUCCUUCAUUGUCGAUUACAAUGUUCCCGAAAAGGAUGUGAGGUUUCUGUUCAUGAACACGAUUAAGGUUUCGGAUAAACCUCUGAAUUUGACUUACAUUCAUGGGCGUGGUGAUAACCGGACGAUUUUCGAUGGCACCAUUGUCUUCGAUUCAGCUAACAAAGUUUCAGCUAAUUAUGUUUUGGGUUCUGGGAACUGCAAAUUGAAGUACACAUAUGUGCAUGGAGGGAUCAGGACCUUUGAGCAGUGCUACGAUUUCGCCAAGAAUUCGUGGGACUUUACGUUGUCACAAAGGGUUUAUGGGGACGAUGUGUUUAGGGCUUCGUAUCAGACAUCCGACAAGGUCAUGGGCCUGGAGUGGUGGAGAGAUUCCAAGAGUAACGGGUCUUUCAAGAUAUCAGCAUCUCUCAAUCUGGCAGAGGAAGUUAAAAGGCCGAAAAUAAUUGCUGAGAGUAUGUGGAAUCUUGAGAUGUGAAAUUUCUUUUUAGUUGGUUUUAAUUGUUGAAAAUUUCCUACGUUGUCAUACAAACACACUGUUUCUAUUGGGUUUUAUUUCCAAUAAUUUUGGGUUUCUUUAUUGCUCUUCA